AUGGAAUUUAAAAAACCUAAAUUAAAAAAACAAUCUUUAAGAAUUAAAGAAGCGUCUUCUCUCAUUGACAAAAAUCAACUAAUAGGAGUUUUUAACGGAUUACAAAUUGUUAUAACAAAUCAAAAUCUAAUUAAUUGUUUUCCUUGUUAUAAUUUAAAUAAAGGUGAUAUACCCAAAAUUAUUACAGAGCAACAAUACCAAAAUGAAUCAAAAUGGAACACUGUAAACGAAAUCACAUAUCGAAAUUCAUUUUUCGAUGAUCAUUGUUCAUCGAUAAAUAGUGUCAAUAAGUUUUUACUGGAAGCAAUAAAUGAUGAUAUUAAUACACAAUUACAAUGGCAAUCAUGGAAAGCAAACCUUGAUAAUAAUUUAAACAAAGACUUUCACAAAAAAAGAAGUUGUAUUAUACAUAAUAAUGUUAGCCGAGAUAAUUUAUUAGAAUUUACUGAAGACAGUAGCAUUGAAGUUGAUGAAAAGUUUCAAAAAAGAAUAAAUGAAAUUAUAGACAAUAAACUUAUAAUACAGGUAAAAGAUUAUAAAAAAAGUAAUGAAAAAGUUAUAGUAAUUAAUAUACUCAAUGACAAUUUAUCACCUUCACUUAUUUCCAUUGAAAAUUUUAAAGCCAGACUAAUGAGGAGAUCAUAUCCGAUGAUAGAAAGUUUAUUAUUAAAUUUUGAAGAAACACUUUUUUUGAAUUAUGCAUUAAAUUAUUUUAAAGUUCACAAUGAAAAUGGUGUUAAAUUAAGUAUUGAUGAAUUAUGGGAAAAAUUUAAUAAGUCUCAAUGGAACUUUUUCGAAAGAUAUGUCAUUUACCAUUAUUAUAGAACAAAAGGUUGGAUUGUUAAAUCUGGUAUAAAAUAUGGUGGAGAUUAUUUACUGUAUAAAGAAGGACCUCUAUACAGUCAUGCAAGUUAUUUGAUAAAAAUUUUUAAUCCCAAACAAGUUUUUACAUGGACAAAAUUUUUGGCAAUCAACAGAUUAGUCGAAACAUUUAAUAAGGUAUAA